GAGACCGGCCAUCAUGUUUGUCUGUAAGGUGACUCUGGGUCUGCUGGCCCUGCUGCUGGUUUGCAGUGUUCAAGCUGAGGAGGAGCCUGCAGCUGGGGACACUUCUGCUGAAUUAUCUGUUGGGGAACUGCUGGAGAGAGCUAACAGAAACAUUGUUCGUGAUGCUGAUGAGCCGAAAGUUAUAGGAGAUAUUGCUGUGGAUGAUGAAAGAGAUGAGAGGAAUGCUGAUCCGUGCACCUCAAGCAGCUGCAUGUGGCUAAAGUCCACUGAUGGCAAAGUCUAUGUGCCCUAUGUCAUUGCAAACCACUUCACUUCCAGUGAGCUACAGAUCAUCCAGCGCGGUCUGGAUUCCUUCUCUUCUGUCACAUGCAUUCGCUUUAUUCCACGCUCUAACCAGAGAGAUUACCUCAGCAUUGAGUCUCGCAGUGGAUGCUAUUCCUAUGUUGGACGUCGUGGGUAUGCCCAAACUGUGUCUCUUGACAGAAAUGGUUGUAUUUAUCAUAACACAGUUCAACAUGAGCUUCUCCAUGCUCUGGGCUUCAACCAUGAGCAGUGUCGCAGUGACCGUGACAAUCACAUACGUGUUGUGUGGGAGAACAUCAUUGAUAGCUAUAAAUAUGCCUUCGACAAGAUAGCCACUCUGAACCAGGGAACUCCUUAUGACUACAACUCCGUCAUGCAGUACCACAGAACUGCUUUCUCUAAGAAUGGCCAAGCCACCAUGGUCCCCAUCCCCAAUAGCAAUGUAGCCUUUGGCCAAAGCACUCAGAUGAGCCAAAAUGACAUCAUCCGAGUCAAUAAUCUCUACAGAUGCUAAGAACUCCAUUCAACCACAAGUCCAUCUCCAGAGAGAAAGAAGACAGCAGUGGGAUCUGUGUCUAUGCCCUAUAUACAGAUUGAGAUCUGUUCCUGACACUGUUUUACUCAUUUGUCUCCAUAAUUAACAGAAUGUAAAUACACAAGGGAAUAUUAAAAAACCUCACACACACACACACACACACACACACACACACACACACACACACACACACACACACACACACACACACACACAGCAGAAUCAUCUUUAGAAUAAUUGGGAACCUUGUUAAAGAUGGGUAAUGUUUUUUGUGGUUAAAUAACUUAACUAAAUAUAUGAGAUAAAUGAUGUCAAUUUAUUUUAAGAAAAUUUUAAAUUGUCAUAUUCUCAAAAAAUAAAAAGGCCAUAUGUCAAAAUUA